AAUGGAACAUCCCGCAGCAGCUGGUCACUGACUUCUAGGAAGUUUCUAGCAAGAUGUCGGGGGGUGUUUUGCGUGACAAGCCGCUAGUAUGUUUUUGGACGAUAUGACUUGCUCAUUGCAGUGUAUGUAUACAAAAUUCCGGCCUAUAUUAAAUCCCAGAGUAUUCUAAUACCGUUGAAGUAAACAUUCAAAUUUUACUGCUAGCACAAUAUUGAAAGACAAGAAAACUAGGACUAUUUGCAAAAAUUGUGUCAGUGCGUGUAUCACUGCCAAGACCAAUAUUUGGAAUGUUGAUUUUUCUUUCGGUUACGGGAUAAAUUUUUCAAUUUGAAUGAAAAGCUUUUAUCAAAAUUAAUAAAAACGUUAUUAUUAUUUAAAAUUGGGAUGGGAGCUAAAGCGAGCACUGUUGCACAAUCUACUGGAGGCAAUGGACAAUCCUCUACUGGAGCAAAUGAAACUGCAAUGCCAGGAUUUUCUAUGCUGCGUUCUCUUCCUGGAGGUGUUAGCCUGUUACAACAUCAACAUCAGCAAGGAAAUCAAUCACAAACUUCUCGAGUAUCUGGAGAUAGUAGACAACGUGCUCGUUCUUUAAGUUCAGUACCAGAUCUCUCAUCUGGCGAACAAAGCAGUCUUGCUUCUUCAGUUGGAGUUGGAGUUGGUCAAGCACUUGGUUUGCCACAACUUGAUUCGGAUGAUGCUGACGAAGAGAGCGGACGAGUUUAUGCGGCACAUAGUUUACCAUCUCACAUUUGGUCUCUUAACGGUCUAAAAUGUCCUGUUUGCUCCAAGUUUGUUCUGCCAGACGAUAUAGAAUGUCACUUGGUUAUGUGUUUAACCAAACCACGUCUUAGUUACAAUGAAGACAUAUUAUCCGAUGAAAAAGGUGAAUGUGUUAUUUGUCUCGAAGAAUUACAACCUGGAGAUGUUAUAGCCCGCCUACCUUGCCUAUGUAUAUACCACAAGAAUUGUAUUGAUAAGUGGUUUCAAGUGAACCGUAGUUGUCCUGAACAUCCUGGAGAUUGAUUUAUACCCACUGAAGUUGUAAUAGCACAAUGCAACUUAUUAAUUUUAAAGACUCUCAUUACAAUGAAAAUAAAGUGGGAGGAAAUGGGAAAAAUUUGAAAAACGCUAGUCAAGAUGGCUGCUAGUCCACUGUGCUGGUUGGUGUAUGCAAUUGUUUGACUGAAUGAGAUAUACUCAAUUUGAAUAUGAAAGCAGACAUUUAACUAAAUCCUUGAUCAUACUACCUGUAAGCAGGGGACUUGAAAGAUCGCCAUAAAAUUCAACGAUACAAUGCUAUUAUCUAUAUGUAUCUGUAAUUAAUCUAUUACUGCUCUAUAGCUUACUAUCAAUUGUACCAUAUUUACAAAUUUUACUUAGUUUUACAUUUUGGAGUCGGAUUAGGAAUAAUUAGGCUAAUCUGUUAUUGAUUAUUAUAUAUUGUUUUCGGAGAAGGGAAUAUCAGAUAAAAUUUAGUCGAAAGCCAUGAAUAACAAUCAGGCAAACUUUAUAUUACAUAAUUCAAUUGUAUUUUUGAUGAUUUCGUUAUAAAUCUAACAUUUCAUUUUUGUCAUUUGUUGGGAAAUGUACUCCAGAAAGGAUAUUUUUGAUACUUUCAUAAAAGAAAGAGUUGGAUAUAUAAAAGUUUUAAAGAACGGACUUUUAGUAAUAACGAUGUUAAUGCUGUAAUAACAGUAAAAAAUUAGAUUUAAAUUUCUUUAUUAAAAUUUGAACUUUGUGAUAAAUUUCAUUUAUGUUUUUAGAGAAUAGAAGUCCUGCAGUUAUAAAAUAUAAUUUAUUGUUAAUGUUAUAUCAUAAUUAAUAUCUUUUUUACACGAUAGGAGUUGACUCGUAGGAGUUUUUAUAACAAAAAUAAACAUGGUCUGUCAAUUUUCCAAUAAUACAUGCGUUGUAUAUAUCUGGAUUAGACUUGUAUCAUAUAAGAUAAAAAGUCUAAUAAAAUAAAAAUUUCAAACCAAAUACAAUUAUAAAAGUGAUUUAAGCAUUCGGUAUAAUAUCUAUGAUAUUAUAGAAAUAAAAAUAAAAGUUCUCUAUGUUAAUAAAACAAAAAAAAAAAAAAAAAAAAAAAAAAAAAAAAAAAAACCCGGAAAAAAAAAAAAAAAUUUUUUUUUUUUAAAAAAAAAAAAAAAAAAAAAAAAAAAAAAAAAUUUAGUAUUGUUUUCAACAUUAUAAAAACUGAUUAUGUUAUUGUUGUCUACAAAUUGUUUUAUCUCAGGACGUAAUACUUUUAGAGGACAUACAAAUAACUGUUUUCUUUAUAAACAUUCAAUACAUUUUAAUUAUGGUAGAGAUAGAUAUACGUAUACGUAUAGUAAUUUUUAUAUAUCGGCGUCGCAAUAUGAUUUCACCCUUAUUUUACGUUUUAGAUAUUAUUAAAGAAACAAUUAUUUCGUGAAGUAUCGAAUUAACGAAGUCAUUCUUUUGUAUAUGUAGCCUUAUAUACUUUGUUAUUUAUGGAAUAAAUUUGAAUAAUACAAUAGACGAUUCAUAUGUCAUAAUACUACAGGGAGAAAUGUAUUUUGUACAUAUAUUUUAAAACUAAAUGAAAAUUUCAUAUUUUAUAGAAUAUACUUACCGUGUUACAAUACAUCCCAAAUAUAGGCGCCUUUUAAAACUUUACUUUAUUUUAUGAAUUUUCGUUAGAAUAUCAUUAAAGAUUCAAAUAUUUCUUUAUACUAAAAUGAAAUAUUUGAAUAUGAAAAUUAUAAAAAUAAUCAUACAAUUCUUUCAAAUAAUAGAUACAAUGAUGGACAAGAAUAAUAACACAAUAUAAUUUUUAAAAUAAAAAACAUAUAAGUAUAAAAAAAUUGAA